UGUAAAAACGUUAGCGCAGCCAACAGAAGCUUGUGGCAUUUAACAUAGAGUGCAAAGUCAACAAUUGUUGCAUACAAACAUUCAACUACAAAUAUAAAAAGACAAACUCAAAUACAGAAGAGUAAAGUGUCAGCGACGUGUGUGAAUUAAAGUGUGUGGCAUCAAAAAAAAAAAAAUCAGAAGCAAAAUAAAUAAAGUAAAAUCUACUAAACGUCACUUGGAUAUAUUUGUAGCUGCGAAGAGCGAAGCUGAACUGCCAACUGCAGUUGCAUACAGAAUGCAUUGCCAAUGCCUAACACUGUUACUAGUCCUGCUGCUGGCCGUGGGCAGCCUGAGCGCAGCUGCUACAAGUGCAGCCGCCUCGACGGCGACAACGGCUCAGCCCAAAGGAUUCUCUUCACGCUCACUGGACGUUAGUGCCGCUGGCGAUGAUGAGGAUGAGUUCGAAACGCAGGCGCAGACGCAUCUGGCCUAUCGCCAGCAGCCGCAGCAGCAGCAGCAACAGCGUCAGCUCUACGACUACAGCGAGGAGGAGCAGGAGGAGGCGCCACGUCAACUGUAUGUGAAUCGCAAUGCGAAGCAACAGCAGCAGCAGCAGAGCAACUAUCUGAAGAAGAAGCCGCUGAGCGAGGAGAGCGAAGAGGAGGAGGAGGAAGUAGAGGAACCCGAUCGCCUAUCCACGCUGCUGAGCAAAUCUUCGUUCAGCUGCAACGAACGCAACUCGGGCUACUAUGCAGAUGAAUCGCUGAGCUGUGAGGUCUUCCACUAUUGCCAGGAGAACCAAAAGCACUCCUGGAUCUGCCCCGAGGGCUUCACCUUCCAUCAGAUACAUCUGAUCUGCAUGCCGCCAUCCCACGACAACAUCUGCAAGCAAUCCUCCAAGUAUCAUAUCGUCAACGACUAUCUCUACAAGCCCAUCAAUCUGCAGGAGCAUCAAAGCAAGCCCAAUGUCACGCUGCGCUACUCUGAGCGUUAUUUCCCCGAGAACUACUACGAGCAUGAGCGCUACGACGACGAGGAGGAGGAGCAGCCCGCACCCAGGCCACGCAUACAGCAGCAUCAGCCCCAGCAGCAGCAGCUGCAUCGCCAAGCUGUUGCCUACCAGACGCAGGCGCCGCAGCCACAGCAAGUGCGUGUGCAAUACCAACAGCAACCGCAGCAGCUGGUAACACAGCUACGUCACCAGCAGCCACAGCCCACGACCAUUGCCUAUCGCAAGCCAGUGCCAGUGCCUACAACCACCAUACAGCCGCAGCUACAGCAGCUGCAGCCUCAGUUGCAGUUGCAUCAGUUGCAGCACCAACAACAACAACAGCAUCAUCUGCAACAGCAGCAGCAGCAACGCCAGACACUGGCGCCCACGGUAACACCAACGCCUUAUCGCUUCUUUACUGCCGCGCCGCCACAAUUGCAGCAUCUGCAGCAUCAGCAGCAGGUCUAUCGCACACCCGAGGAGAUUAACAUAUCGCUGCAGCAGCGCCGGCCCCAAGUGUUCAUUGCCACGUCCACGCCGCGCUACUACGAAGACGAGUAUCUCUACGAGCGAAGAAAGUGAGCUUAAUGCACAAGCACACACUGUAA